AUACACAUGAAUUCACGCGUACGGCGUAUCAACCACUUCGCGUCCACGCCCAUUUUUUAUACCCCAAUCUUCGUGUUGACCAACUUCGCGUACUUUUAUUCAAAUCAAUCGUCGGCGGAAAUCUUUCGUCGUCCUCUUUCGGGUGAAGAAUAAAAUCGACAAAAUAAAAAUCAAACUGUAAAAUCGGAUGCGAGUGAUUUGUUGCCGACAAUUAAUCAUCCCGCAGAAGAAAGCGCCGUUCGUCUCCCCUCGUCUUCUUCGUCGCGUGGCUUUUGUCACACCUACGUGGAAGGACGCGCGAGGUACGGGAACGGGAAGAUAUUCGAGCUUCCGGGAUGCGGAGAGAGGUCAAAAGUCCUUUUUCAAUCGUUUCUCCUCGGAUUACACAUGCCCGAGGACACGACGACGAACGGAUAAGGUCUUUAGCGUCUGUUACAAGGUCUGCCAAGUCGGAGCCGCUGUACACGGCUUUUGGGUAAAUGGUCGUGUCUACCUAUGUACACGUACUACACGCACACGUGUACGUACAUGUAUAGCUGUUAUUCGGAUUCCGGGUCUGUUGCGGCUUCGAGGGUCGAUUCUCGACCGCUCUCCCUCGAUGAUUUCGUCCAAGGGUUUCGUAAAACGGGACGUUUCGCGGAACGAGAGGACUGAGGAAAGAAAGGGCAGCGAAAAGUGUUGCGUAAAGAGGAUGAGCGUGUCGGAGGGCGCGGUUUCGCCUCGAAAUACGGGAGAGGAGUUUCGGUACCGCAGGAGUCGACGAGAGAGGAUGGAAGGAGGAGGCGUCGGGCGUCGGGCGUCGGGGAAAUAUACCGAACCAUUAGCUCGAAUGAACGACAAUUUUAUGAACCGUACAGAGCGACUUAUAACCGAGGGUACAAACGCCCCCGUAUAGGUAUACAAGAGCGUUCUACUCAACGCGUACAGCGAGCGAGGGUUCGCGACACUCGCAAAGUCUACUUGAGCCCCGGAAAUCUCUCCCGCUUAUAAUUUCACCUCCUACGGGAUAUUAUUACCCGUAUCAUUAUAUUGUUACUACGCGGCAAUUGCGCAACGUAUAUUGAAUAACGGGAACGUAAAAUCACCCUAAAAAAAAAAAAAAGGAAAGGAAAAAUUUAUUCGGAAGUAAAAGUGUUCUCGAAAAUCGAAAAGCGGAAAUUAGGGAAUGGAUGUCCGGUCGUCGAAGAAACGACAAGUGAUCGAGUUCCUCCUAAUCACAUCCGGUGAACUUUUCAACUUUUCAGCAGUGACACCCGUUACUCCGACAAAAUGACUUCAGUUUUAAAUAUAUACGUGUUUAUAAAAUUAGCAUCGUACCGGCUACUGCACCCUUGUAAUGUCUGAGCUAGCGUCAGCGACACGAUCGUGUAUCAGCUCAAAAACAAAACCCCGAGGGAGACUCCAGCCGUGUAAUAAUAUAAAAUGGGGGGGGGGAGGGGGUUACUUCACCCCGUCCCACGACGAAUCCGCAGGUACACACGGCAUAUGUAUAGAACGCGGUGUACGUAUAUAACACGUUUUCGGAGAGCAGGGGAGUUUCGUUCGCGUUUCGGCCACGCCCACCACCCCUUCGGGGACGAAUCGAGCGGCGUCUGGAGUUUCGCGAGGGACGUGGGGGUUGGAUAUUUUGGACGGGGGUUGACAACAUGGCCUUGGAUCCCGCCCUCGGUUGGUAUAGGAAAGUUCGGUAACGCGGGAUAGUCGUGGCUGUGACGCCUGGAGCCAGUCAGCCAGCAAGCCUGGGAGCCGCCCUUCGGCACCCCGUCGACCUGUCACGUUAUCGCGGCUAAGGCCAACCAGCGGCAAAGUUAUAUCUCGAUCUUUCUUCCACCCCCUUCGUGAAUAUCGUUCAGUUCUCGCGGUGAUUCUCCUCCGCGGGGCGAUAUAGUUACGCGACUAGUUAAGAGCUCGAGUUGGAAAACCGACGACCGAAACGCGGCCGCAGAGUCGACGUUACAAGGCGUCGGUUGCCCGAGACCCCCGUCAUCGACCGAACGUAUAGCUAGACACGGUAACGGGGUUCGACACAUUUGACAAUCUUAGCAGAGGUGAAAAUUCCCCUUCGCCCCACCCUUUGCCACCCCUCGCCGCCUCCUCCUCCCAUCACCCCCCCGCGCAACCCCCGUAUCGAGGGACGGCGGAUCGCAAAACGGACGAACAUCGCGAACGUCUUGGUUACCGGAGAUUUCUGACUUGCGAGGACGGAAAAGGGGCGCAAUCUGGAAGAACGGAAUCGGAUGAGAAACUCAAAGCUCGACCGAAGUGGAAAACCUUACACGGGGAUGCCCGACUUUUGAGUCGUCGCAGAGGAUGGGAACAGGAGACAGACUACUUGAUAUCCCGUGCAAGGUAUGCGGGGAUCGUAGCUCGGGCAAACAUUACGGCAUCUACAGUUGCGACGGCUGCUCAGGAUUUUUUAAAAGGAGUAUACACAGGAACAGGGUGUACACUUGCAAGGCUCAGGGUGACCUAAAGGGACGUUGUCCCAUCGACAAAACUCACAGGAAUCAGUGCCGCGCCUGUCGACUGACCAAGUGCUUUCAAUCAAGCAUGAACAAAGACGUGCAGCACGAGCGCGGCCCCAGGAAGCCGAAGCCCCAUCUUCACUUGUCUCAUCAUCACCAUCACCACCAUCACCAGCAACCCCCGCCACCUCACGUGACGCAUCACCCUCCGGGUCAUCCACCCGCUGCACCUGGACACCAUGGACCAGCCGCGCAUCUUCUGACUCACCACAGAAUCCUGAGAUGCGACCAAAAACCAUCGCCCUAUCCACCACCGGUUUCGAUAAUACAGAAAGCAAGCGAAGGAUCGCCACCACCGACGCCUCUUCCACCACCUCCUCCGCCACCACCUCCAAAUCUAUAUCACUCAGCCACCGUCACUUUGGGACCUCAACCACCGCUUUUACAAAUUCUCAUGUCCGCGGAAAAGUGUCAGGAACUCGUUUGGAGUGCCAGACUCCAACCAGACGGCGAAGCAUCUCCAGAUCAAACGGAAACCGAAGCUAGUCAUAGUCCUGCUGCCGGUACUUUGCAGAGUCUGAGUCCAACCUGGGAAGUAUUGCAGGAAACAACGGCGCGGUUGUUAUUCAUGGCAGUGAGAUGGGUGCGUUGUUUGGCGCCAUUUCAAACACUUUCAAAAAACGAUCAACUGUUAUUACUGCAGCAAGCUUGGACGCAGCUUUUUCUACUUCAUUUGGCUCAGUGGUCAAUUUCAUGGGAUAUUUCGGGGCUUUUGGAAGGCGAACAAGUCCGAGGUCGUUUGCCACCUGGUGAUUCGUCGCACGAAGAAUUGACAACGAUCCAGGAAAUCAUGUGCAGAUUCAGGCAACUUUCACCCGACGGAAGUGAGUGCGGAUGCAUGAAAGCGGUUGUUCUUUUCACUCCAGAGACGCGAGGUCUUAUCGAGGGUCAGCCCGUUCAGAUGCUGCAGGACCAGGCGCAAUGUAUUUUGGGCGAUUACGUGAGAUCACGAUACCCGCGUCAGCCUACAAGAUUUGGAAGGCUGUUGCUGCUGUUGCCUAGUUUGAGAGCUGUCAAUCCAUCUACUGUGGAACUAUUAUUUUUCCGAGAAACUAUCGGGGAGAUACCGAUAGCACGUUUACUAGGCGACAUGUAUCACAUGGAGAGAUAUUCGAACUGAACCAGAGGAAACAGAUUAGGUAAGAUUUGAAGGAGAAUUUUUUUCAAUACAACAUCAACAAGAGUUGCGCAAGAUUGCACAAACGAUGAAUCAUAAUUAUUCGCAAACAUUUUCGCCAAAUAAUGUAUGAAUACCGAAAAAGGAGGAGCAGAGUACGACGGCCGUUACGUAUUGCAUUUAAUUAGGUAUAUAUUUCUUACUCCGUUUCUUUGGUCCUUAAACGAGUCACGUUUUUAAACUGUAGUCAUAUUUUUUAUUGCUGAGUUUUGAAGCCGCUUUAUUACUCUGUUGUUCUCGAGCUUUGUCGUCUGGAAGUUAUCGUCGGACUUUAUCAAUUUGAACAUACAUUUCUUUUUUUUUUUUUUUAUCCGAUUUUAAAACCGCAAUCUGGAGAUAACGAUCCGCGUUUAUUUCGAUUGAAGUGAGGAUUAUGAAUUUUAAAUCGCUUCAAUACACGAAGUAAUACGUGAUAAACGAAACAGCGUAUCUAAUCUUGGUGUACGCCCAUCGAAUAUGGCGUUACGGUAAAUUAUUCGCUUGAUCUCAAUGAAGCGAGCGGUUGCCGGUUGUCGCUACAAUUUAGGCCGUCAGUACUUAUGCUCUGCAAUUUUUCAACAUCACCUCAAGAUCCCACUCUCUCUUCUAUCGACAUAUAGUUUGAUAAAUAAAUCAUAAUAUCUGGUUGUAAUGUACAGUUAUAGCGAUGUAAACAACACGACGAUGGUCCUCGCGAAUUUCCAUGCAGGCAACGUCGUGAUUACGUAUAAAAAAAUAUUGUAAAUUGUUUUAGCGAUUUCCCAACUGUGAUACGUUAUACAACCCCUUUUAUUCGUCGUAUGGGUAUAUGAUAUACGUGAAAUUUAAAAAAUAAAGAAAAGUAAUUAGAUACUCCUACAAUUACUAUUGCAAGUACUUGUGAAAUAUCAUAGUUAUCAGGGCGUACGUGUGACCUUAAAUGUUCAUAGUCGAGCCACAGCUUAUUAUUUUUUUGCACUCGGUAACAUUUCGUUUGCUUACGGACCUAGUGAUAAAGAUUUAAGUCUAACAUAUUGCGAAAUCUGUUCAUCGUAUAUUUGUUAAAUACUCAUCCAUUUUUUAAAAAUCGAUAGGAUGUAGAAAAAAAUCACCACGAUCCUCAGCAAUCAUCCAACGAUAUGUAAUGUGUAAAUACUGUAAAGUAGCUGUAAAUGUUUUUGCUGUAAAUCAGAUUAAUGUAUAUAUGUAUCACGUAUUCACGUAUUAUAUAAUACACGUACGAUAAUAUUAUUCGAUUCCCUGUAAAGUAAAGUAUCUGUUCACCGGAUAUAAAAUGCAGCGAGGGGAAGGGUAUAACAAUGACAGGUACAGUUUUAAUUUUCAACCACUUUAAUAUAUCGACGACGUUGGUAAUGGUGGGAAAAAUCAUUACAUCGUUAAUCUUAUGUUACUAAUAAUUUCCAGUAUAUAAAGUAAGAAAAAAAAAAAAAAACAAACUCAACGUUGGAUGUAAUUCGGAUCCACGAAUUUCUGUACGUGGAAUCUGAAAAUUUGAGCCCAAGUCCAGAGAGUAUAUCGCUACCUAGAAACCGCGAUCAUC